CAUCUGUCUGGUGUUAGAAAAUAAAGUUGAACGGCGCGGCAGCGGAGCUUCAGGAGAGGCAUUGUUUUUCUCGCAGGAUGUCGCGUUAAUCUUAUUUUCUGUAAAUAUAUACACCCCAGCGGCUCCAUCAUGGCAUUAGUAAGCUGCUUUUAGCUUUAAGGAAGCGUUAACAUUAGUUAAUAUUAGCUGGCGCGGCUAUAUUUGGCUGUUUUUUUUUAUCAUUAGCUGUCGUCUUGUGGGCUAACUUUGUUCUUAAAUGGACGAACACAAGGAGAACAUUGAAGGGAAAUACGUGAACGUGAAAAUGUCAGAGGGAACCGAAGAGGGACAGACUAAACCCUGCAGCAGGAUUCAUCCCGACGAAGAAACCGCCCCCCAGACGUCUCAGUCCAACGGAGACUUCAGCCACCCGGUGUACAAGGAGAUCGCGCUGGCCAACGGCCACAUCAACCGCAUGUCCAAGGACGAGCUGCGGGUCAAGCUGGCGGAGCUGAAGCUCGACACCAGAGGAGUGAAGGACGUGAUGAAGAAGAGGCUGAAGAACCACUACAAGAAGCAGAAGCUGCUGCAGUCGGCAGCGGAGGGCGGCCCCACCGACACCUACUACGACUUCAUCUGCGUGGUGGACUUCGAGGCCACCUGCGAAGAGGAUAAUCCCCCAGACUUCCUGCACGAGAUCAUCGAGUUCCCCAUGGUCCUCAUCGACACGCACACCCUGCAGAUCACGGACAGCUUCCAGGCCUACGUGAAGCCGGAGGUGAACCCGCAGCUUUCUGACUUCUGCGUGAAACUAACAGGAAUCAAACAGCAAACGGUGGACGACGCGGAGCCGUUCCCGGACGUCCUUCACCGAGUGGUGGAGUGGCUUCAGGAGAGGGAGCUGGGGACGAAGUACAAAUACGCCAUCCUGACCGACGGGGCGUGGGACAUGAGCAAGUUCCUCAACAUCCAGUGUCGGGUCAGCAGCAUCCGCUAUCCUCAGUUCGCAAAGAAGUGGAUCAAUAUAAGGAAGUCCUACUGCAACUUUUAUAAGGUCCCGCGCACGCAGACAAAGCUGAGCACCAUGUUGGAGAAGCUCGGCAUGACGUACGAAGGCCGUCCUCACUGCGGCCUGGACGACUCGCGUAACAUCGCCAGGAUAGCCAUCCGCAUGCUGCAGGACGGGUGCCAGCUGCGCGUCAACGAGCGCAUGCACGGCGGCCAGCUGCUCUCCGUUCCCAGCUCGGCGCCGGUUGUAGGAGCGCCGCCGCCCCGUAAACCCAGCAGCAGAGAGUAGAGCUGCAAACUUGAACGCAACCAGCCUUAAAAUCUGUCUCCACCCGCGUCACUUGCAGAAAGAGAAAAGCACUUUAAAUUGAGCUUAAAGCUGUAAGUGGAGUCACUGUUAAAAGAGUUCAGAUUGAGCAGAUUUUGCAUUGAGGAGGUCUCACUCUGGCAGUUUUUUUUUUUUAACACCAGUUAAAAAAAUAAAUGGAUCAUUCCUGCAUGAUUCUGUUUGAGCUCCUUCAUUCUGCCUUACGGAGCAACAAAUACUCAGAAGUAAAUCUCUAUUAGCUCUUUAUGUUUUUAUUCAUACGGAUCCAAAUCAAAAUAGCAGCAAUUGUACAGGAACAACACAUCUUACUACUGUUAUGUGUCAUUUGAAACCAUACCACCACAUUUUUUCCACUUUCGUUUGGGAAAAAGUCCUGCAGGCUGUCGGUUUCUCCAUACAUUUUACGGAAAUAUUAAUUAAACCUCUUGAACAAC